AUGGCAAUUUCGGAACGGUGUGUCACAGAGCACCAAGGGGUAGCGGACCGGAACGUGCUGGCCGUCUCUUGUACGACUACGCUAGUCUUCCACAUUGCCAUUUCCUUUGCAGAUCCUUUGCUUGCAGCCCAUGCCCUAGACCCGGAGGCGUGGUUAGAGGGCAUCCCGUAUGCAUCAGGCGAGACGGGAGAGGAGGAGAAGGCCCAGUCUGCAUCUCCCGAGGUUGUCAAGCCGGAUGAUAAACAGGAAUCAGCUCUGGAAAUGCUGCUGUUGCGUGACGUCCAUGGAGCGCAGGAUCCGUCAUCGCCUUUUAGCCGCCACCCAUAUGUGCGGCUUCCACAGAUGGGGAAAGAUUUGUUCAUUAGACCUAUCAAUAUGAAUAAUGUGUUUGUUGCAUAUCAUAAGAAAGCACAUCCCUAUAUUUUUCUUCAGAAGUUGAGAAAGUGGUUUGCACGGCCAGUGCUCGGGCAGGAUGACGUGAACAAUCUCCUACGUGAUCUGGAGGGGUUGAUAGGCGCUGCAUGGCGUGAUGCGGAGAAACGUCCGAGAAGGCUUCGACCUGUGUACGCCGCUGAAACCCUUGGAAAACACCUGUUGGAGUUUGACGCGAUUGUCUGUGGCAUCGAACUUCUGGGGGGCAGCAUGCGGCUUCCCUUGUGGUGGAAUCGAUUCGUAGCUGCCUUUGACCAUAGGCCUUCUGCGCUUUUGCCACAAAAAACUCCGAGACUUGGGGGGUUUUACAGGAGGCUGACACGACGUCUAUUAGAUGCGCUGGAAAUCUACAAGAGAGGCAAACGCCCACCACUUUGUGAAAUCAUUGAUCUGAAAACUAUUAUAUUUUCUGAGGGAGAUGCACCUGCACGCUUCAGAGAUCCCAAAUGGGAUCCUUGGCGCGAGGAUGCAAAAGGCCCUUAG